UUUGAAUACCUAUUUAACAUGUGUAAUUUAAUUUUUAAAAAAGCUAUAAGAAUGUCGAGACCAGCUACAAGAGGAUCGCGACGCGUAGCUGCCAAUCAGGAGGAUCAAGUAUCAUCAUCUGGCUCAAGUGGGAGGCGUACAACUCAGAAAUGUAUGCAGUAUUUCAUCACCGCCUCAUUGCCGGAGAAUUUUCCCGCGACAGAGAACCCCCGUAAAACUUUCAGGAGGAAAUUGGAGAAGCAAUUGAGGAUCUCAAUACAGGGCGAACAACAAGAUCAGCAGCUGGAAAUUGUCACGUUUUGUGUUGGUAUGGAGCCUUACGAAACUACCGAUUUAGAUGGAGGUGAUUCGGACGAAGAAUACAUCUCCAAUUACAGCGCUAAUGGUGAGCUGUUAUUUUUAAAUCAGUCGUCCAAUUCUUCUUUGGAGAAUCGACUCGCCAAAUUUCACAUCCAUUCUUAUACGCAAUUCAAUGUUAAAGUUGAUUUCGAAAUAAUGAGGCAGGUCGUUUUAAGUAUGGAUGAUGGAAAUUGGGCUGCUGGUUUGGACAUUCAAUCUGUAAAAAAUAAGAGCAAAGUCAUAAAAUAUAUUACUAAGCUGGAUACGAAACCCUAUAGUAAUAUGUCCACAUCAACCUUUUCUUUUCAAUACCAAAUAUACAUGUGGGCGUAUAAUAAUUAUAAAAAUCCUUAUAAUCCGCUCGAUCCCUUUGUCGUAAAAAAUCAAAGGAGCGCUAAUUUUUUACAGUCAUAUUUAGCCGCAUUCUCGCGAAAAAUGGAGUCUGCCGUUGUGCCCUCUCUCCAGCCUUUAACUUUAACAUAUAAUUGUCCUUGGACAAUAGAGGUUACUAAUUGGUUCAACGAAAAGCUGAGGACCUUUCGUCAUAAGGAUCCUCAGCUAUAUCUGUGGGGUGACAGUAACGUUGGCAAAUCGUAUUUUGUUGAAAAAAUAUUGGUGGGAAGUGAAAAAAGUCAAAGAAUAUAUUAUCCUGAGAGAUCGAAAUGGGCUUUUUCCACGUUGGACGUGUCAUUUCACGAACUUAUUUUAUUCGAGGAAGCUGAUUUUUCGAAUAUUAGCCACGGAAACUUGAAAAGGCUAUUAGAAGGAUCUUCGUUUUCUGCCGAAGUAAAAUAUGGAAAUCAGAAAGAUUUUGCUUGGGAAAAACCCAUAAUUUUCGUCUCGAACUAUCCGCCCCAGCAUUAUUCCGUAGAUCAGGCUCUUCUCAAUCGCCUGAAGGUCGUUCAUGCGACAGAGCCGUACUUCAUAAAUUAUAGUCGGUGUUAUUCCGUGAAUAUUUCCGAGGAGCCUCGACAGUCACCUCCUGUCCCCGAUUCGUCUAUAGUGAAUAAUGUAAAUAAUGGCGCAAAUCUAGUUCCUGAUGAAUUUACUUCGGCAGUACGAAACUCUCAGGAUACUUCAUUUUCCACCAAUGUUAACGUACAAUUUACUAGGCUGAGACCUAACAUUAGGCGUCAGGAGAAUAGUUGAAAAGGAAAGGUUGAAGUGAAAUAUCUAUCUCGUGUAUCAAU